AUGUCAUGUGGCUUAAAGUGUUCAAAAGGCCUAAAAAUAUGCUGUGGUGUAACAUCGAUUUUCCUAAUUGUAGUAUUAGUGAUCCUACUAGUCUUAUUCCUCACUGAUUUCAAGCGUAAAGACCCUACAAUUACUCUGCAAUCAGUUAAGUUUGGAAGGUUUAUGUUUGAUGUUACUCCAAUAAUUGAUCUUAAUGCAUCAUUAGCCAUAUUAGUUACUGUUGAUAACCCUAAUCAUGGAAGUUUUACAUACCAAAACAGCACAGCUUAUCUUCAUUACCGUGGCAGACUCUUAGCUGAAGCUCCAUUACAUGAAGACACAAUUCCAGCUCUUAAAUCACAUAACAUUAGCACUGUCUUGAAUGUUUAUGUAGAUGUUACAGAAGUUCCUGAUUUAUUGGGUGAUUAUUUAAGUGGAAUUAUUAGUUUUACAUCAAUAACUAAUUUAGUAGGUAAAGUUAAGAUAUUGAAGUUCAUAAAAAUCAAAGCGACAAGCUACUCCACCUGUGAGAUUCUUGUGUACACGCGUAACCAAACUGUCAAUUCAAUCUGCAACAUACAACUCAAAUUAUGA